AUGCUUCUUGCUGGUAGCGACAAAAUCACCAGGAGUGAAAUUUUAAGCACCCUUCGUUUCAACCACACGGAAAGUUUUGAUGCUGCCAUAAAAUGCGCUGGUGAUGAUAUGAAGAGUGUUUUGAAAAGCGAAAAAGACACAAACAUCCUUCAAGCAAAUGGAAUGUUUCUGCAAUCUGGAUUUAUGCUUCAGGAUGCCUUCGUUGAAACCUUGAAAAAACAUUUCACAGCCUGCAUGACCGGAGUAGACUUCAAAAACAGUCCAGAAGAGGCUCGCCAAACGAUUAAUGAUUGGAUCUUGAAUAACACGAACAAGAUCAUUCACAACCUUAUUCCAGAAAAAGUUAUAAAUUCUGACACGAGACUGGUUUUAGCUAGCGCAGUCCAUUUUAAAGGCAUUUGGAAAGAAAAAUUUGUGAGUGAACAGACUGUUAAAGGAAAGUUUUCUUUGCUCAAUGGUGAAGAACUCAAUGCUCCCAUGAUGCAGUCCAAGAGGACGGUAUUAAUGGCCUAUUUUGAUGAAGAGCUGGACUGUAGAGCUGUUCGAAUUCCUUUUCAGUGCCACGAGAUGCUGAUCUUAUUACCGAACGCCAAAAAUGGUAUUCAUCAAGUAUUGUUAAAAUUGCUGGAGACCUCCCAAAAAGAACUUUUCAAGAAAGUGUUUUCGGCCGACGCUUACUUUAUGCAUAAAAUUAUGUUGCGCCUUCCGAGGUUCCAGUUAGCAGAGUCGGAAAGCAAAGAUUUCAAGGAGAUCAUCUCUGCGAUGGGUAUGCCCUCAACUUUCAGUUCAGCGUCAGCUGACUUCUCGGGCAUAACUGGUCACAGAGAUCUUUGCGUCGCAAAUGUCUUCCAUAAGGCAACAAUUGUGGUGCGUAAAUUUCUACCUUCUAGCAGUACCUAA